CAAUAGUGAUUUGAAAAAACAUCUCAAAUCAGAUUUUGACAUCAUUCGCUUCUUAAAACAUUUUGAAAGGGCUGUGCAAGGAAAAAGAAACAAGGAGCUAGAUGCAGAAUUUGAAGCUACUAAAAAACUGCCUAGAAUAGGGAUGGAGACUCCUAUGUUGUUGCAAACAAGCGAAGCUUACACACCGACCAUAUUUGAAGCAUUCAAAUCUGAAUAUAGAAGAUCCAUGGCUGCAUGUAGUAGAGCAUUGGAUGGAGAUAAUACAUAUGCUGUUACAAUUGUGAGGGCUAAUGGUGAUUUGAGUUCCGAACUAGAGCGCAUAGUUGUCGGUGAUCCCUUGGAGCAAACGGCUUCUUGUAGCUGUUUUCAGUUUAAAAGGACCGGAGUAUUGUGUGCGCAUGCUUUAAAAGUUCUUGACUUGAUGAAUAUCAAGUUAUUGCCAAACCAUUAUCUUUUAAAGAGAUGGACCCGAGAAGCAAAAUCUGGAACUAUACAAGAUACCAAAGGAAGGGAUAUAAUUGAAGAUCCAAAAUUGGAUGCUAUGUUGCGGUACAAGUUUGUUUCUCACAAAUUUCAUGAUUUUGCAAGUGAAGCCGCAAGCGAUCCGGAAUGUAUCUUGUUGGUGGACAAUGCAUUGGACAUCCUUGCCAAGCAAGUACGGGAAAAACUGAGGAUAUCUAGAAGUAUUUUGAGUGAAUCCUCUAAUGUGCAGCCUAAUGUUCAACAAGAUGAGGGUUUGCUUAGUUCUGCACGCCUCAAGAAAAAAGAGGUUCAACCGAAAAGUUCAAAGAGACAUAAACCUUGGAUCGAGAAGACACGCAAGUACAAAAAGAAAGACCCAAAGGAAUCUAGCCAGCAAGAGAAAGAGAAUCAAGUUGGUGGAGAAACUCAAGCAACAACUGAAAAUGCUAAUAAUGCCAGCAAUGCAUUCAGGAGCUACACAGACUUGCUAAUGGGUUCUAAUGGAAUUGAUGAUAUGGAUUUUGGAGAUCUUCUUUAGGUUCCUAUUUCAUGACAAGAAGAAGAUAGUCCAUCUUCUUCUUUUGGCCUGAAUAUGUUCAGCUUGAAGAAAUUUGUGAAAAACACUGCAAAAUGGUGUUCUUUUGUGUAGAACCUGCAGCUCUAGUACUAUAUUUUGUUGGAGGUUAUUAUGGUUAUUUGUAUCAUGACUAAUGUUUGUAUUCUGGUUGAUUUUGGUUGAAUUCUGGUUGAAAACGGAGUAUUUUUACAGGUUUCUAUCCA